UUGAGGACAAGCGACGCUACAUAUUCACACUAUGACCGAAGGAAGGAAGACUACUUUUGUGAAAUGUUUCAUUUAUUAUUUAAAAAACAAGCUCUUGGUCAGAUUACAAUAUCUUUAACAUCAAAUUAGUAUUAGGAAAGUUUUGUUUUCCUUAAAUUAAUGCUGCAAUAUUUUUUGAAAACGGAAUACAACCUGCUGAGCCCAAAGGUCCUUCGAUAAUGAAGGCAAGCGAGGACCAUGAGGUGGUUCGACGGCAACUACAGGAGAAGAUUCAACAGGCGCACAGACUCUUCCAAGCCUUUCCUCUAAAGCUCAAAUCAAACCUUAUACAAACCUACCCGAGCUUGGAGGACGAUUUUAAAGGAAACCAGAAAUCGCUUAAAAACGGGGAAUGCUGGAUUCUGGUUGCAGGUGAAAUCGGGGCGGGAAAAUCGAGCCUCAUCAACCUGAUACUCGACUGCCAGUUGCUGCCCACGGAUGCCCAGAAAUGCACAAACACUAUCAUAGAGAUACGCUGCAGCGAUGAGAAAUUGGCAAAGUGUUUCUACAAGCCCGAACUGUCCGACAGUGGAGACAGAACAAGGAAAAUACCUCCGAGGGAAAUCAGAUUAAACGAUCUCAAGGGUAUACAGGAGUUUAAAGACAGUGUGGUCGAAUGUGAUGAGAAUGAUGAUAACCCCUUUCAAAGAGUGGAACUGUACUAUCCUUUCAAAAAACUCAGCAAGCAAGUCGUGAUCGUGGACACGCCCGGUAUCGACGGAGGGAACAAUGUUGGCCGACGUCUGGAGUUGUACUUGAACAAAUCAUUUGGCUUCCUCUACGUCAUUAGCACAAACGCAGCCGGAGGGCUUCAGCAAGGCAGGCUGGGCCAUUUACUUAAGACGGUUGUCAAUUGCACCGAGGAGUUCAGCCCCGAAGCCACUCUGUUCAUUGGGAACAAAUGGGAGAACGUGCCGGACAAAGACAAGGGGGGUGUCCAACGUGAGGUAUUCGAGAAAUUGUCGCGGGUCUACCCAGGUGUAAGGGAACAUCAAAUACACUACAUGUCGGUGAACAAGGCUCGGGAUUUCUACCUCAAUCGCCAAGGUCAACUAAAGGACCACGAGCUGUUGCUUCAAAAGAUAGGACAACUCAUAUCAAGUUCACUCCGACAGGGACUGAUCAACCACUACUGGUGGCUAUCCGGGUUUCUCACGCGGUCGAAUUACGUUCUUCGCGUAACGAGCGUCCAGCAUGAGAUGACUGAGGAUGAAACCAGACAGCGAUACAAGGAAAUGAAGAAACACGUAGAAGAACUCCAGAGAAACAGUGAAGAUUGCGUUGCAAAUCUGCACAAGAAGGUUGACUUCGAAAUCUUCAAGAUCACCGAGAAUGUCCGAGAGCUGCUUCAGCGUAGGGACGUUCAGGACAGGGUGUACAACUGGGAAGAUCCGCGUGGUUGUCCACAGGUUGACCGGAAAUGGAAGCGAACUGUUGACGCUGCUGCCAUGUUGAUAUCGGAGCGUAUUGCCAUGGUGAUAGAUGGCUGGCAGAGGGAACACUCGGUUCUCAGCAAGAUCGAUAAAGAGAUUAUUGAUGUUUUCUCAAAGGAAUUUGGUCUCCUUCAGCACCAAGUAGACGACAUUGAAAAAUUCCUGGCCGACAACAAAGGCAAAGCAAUGAUGAUGAAGACAGUUAAACGGAUGACGCCGAAAGGUAUAUUUGGCAUAAAGAAGGGAAAGGUAGAACGCACAUACAACACAAUGGGAGGAGCUGUCAGCUGUAUCGGUAUGCUUGACACUGGCAACAAGAAUAUCCGAAAACUGUUCAAGGAUAGAUACACUGAUAAAGCGACGCAGAACCAACGGGCGGCGGUAAUGGCAGAGGCUACAACGAUGUACAUAGAAAGCAUCUUUGGACACAGGGAUGUAAACUCGAAAAUCCGCAAAUAUUUCGAUCGGUUCUUUAAAGAUAUUGACGAGGCUGCAAAACGAAUACCAGAAUUCCUGAAGGCUGACAAACAACUGAUUGAGACACUGCGGAAAAGCAUGACAGAGAUCGAACAGUUGAAGGAAAAGCUGCCAUCCCUCUGCAACGACUGUGCUGACAAGCAUGGCGAGUUGAAUAUCUUCUAUAUCAACAACAUCAUGAAGUUUGACUACGAUAUAUCUGAGUUCGACUGGCAUGGAACGCAACCAUUAGAAAGCGGCUGGCGUGAAAAGCAAAAACUAGGAAGCGGUACCUUUGCAGAUGUGUUCCGUGCUGAGAUACUACAGAAACACCGUCCUGUGGCUUUAAAGGUUGCGAAAGAAGCUGUUAAGAGGACGAAUGUAACAGAAAUCCUCACAGAGGAUCGAACAAUGAGGGAUCUUUGUCAUCCGAACGUGGUACGAUACUACGGCGCUACAUUUCGCAAGGAUCAUACUAAAGGGCUCAUCUGGAUCAUGGUGAUGGAACUGUGUAAGGAUUCCAUGAAAGGGUAUUACACAGAAAACAUCAACCGAGAGCGAUGGGUUCCCGGGAUGAUCCCGAAAGAUCACCCUCGCCGGAGAGAGGCCUUCCGAAGUAUGAUGGCUCAUGCACUAUAUAUCGCCAAUGGCCUUGAAUACAUACACGAGCAAGGAUACACGCAUAGAGACAUGAAGCUUGAAAAUGUUCUGAUUUCAACGGAUGGCGUUGCAAAGAUCACCGACGUUGGUGUUGCCAAAUCAACCAGGCUUCUCGGGGGCACAGUUCUGGGUUCCCCAGCCUAUAUGGCACCCGAAGUCUUACUUGGCAACCAAAUUCAUACAAACAAGAUUGACAUUUAUAGCCUUUCCUUCAUCUACUGGGAGAUGUGGUUUGGAUUAGAGGUUACUACGGAUAUGACCAGAGACAUUUUGGGACCAGACUUUCACGGUGACGCAGUGGAUGCGCUGAAGAAACGGCAGUGCAACAAAAAAAGGGGAUGGCGUCCGAGUUUCAGCAAAGCUCAUAAGCCUCCGGAAGAAAUCAUUGAGGUUCUUAAGAAGAUGUGGUCAGUUGACCCAAAUGAAAGGCCGUCUGCUAUAGAGGUGCGCAGCUUCAUUGAAGGAUUUUUAAAAAAUAACUAAGCCCAAGCACAACCGAUCUUUUCUCAGAAUAACUCGAUGUAAGGGUUAAGAUUAAGACUUUUAAACUGUAAAUUGUGUUUUCUUGAAUUGUAUUAUGUAUUCAUAUUUGAUAUAAGAUCAUCUCAGAAUCAUGCUGUGCACAUGACCAUGAAGAUAUUGCGUUAAAGUGAAUAUGUGAUAUGCUGUCUUUUAGGACAAAGAAAUAGUCUGUUCUGUCACAUAUGCUGUCUUUUAGGGCAAAGAAAUAGUUUGUUCUGUCUUUUAGGACUGACAAAUAAUUGUCUGUACUGUCUUUUAGGACAAAGAAAUAGUCUGUUCUGUCUUUUAGGACUGACAAAGAAUUGUCUGUACUGUCUUUUAGGACAAAGAAACAGUCUCAUGUUUUUAUCAUAAUAUUUACUCAGACAAACGACGUUGCAAUAAAUUUGUACUCCAAAAUACUAUAUUCAAUGUACUAUAUGCAUACAGUAUGUCUGUUGUAUCAAACACAGUCAGACCUUCACCUUAAAGCCAGUGGCUAUUGACUGUACAGAUCAAUGAUAGCUAUGACGUGUUUCCGGUCCUAAUAGAAAAAUCGAACACGAGGACAUGCGCGUUAGCCGUUAACGAGGAUUGAGAAAAACGGCCACGCAACGUCCCCGGGGGUCAGAUGUUUCGAUAUGGACCGGAAAAACAUGAUUUUCGUGCAUGUUUUAAUUAUCAAUAUGUCAGUCAUGACACCAUGACGCGUAGUAUUUUUUUAUUACUCUUUAUGUCAAAUAGGUUCUCUAACAUCAUAUUUUUGACGAGUAUUUUUAAUUUUUAAUUAGAAGUAAUGUAUACUUCAAUAUUCAAAAAAUGCGUGUUAUUUGAAACAACAUAAUGUACUUUUCAUGAGCCAUUAAAUAAAAACUGCAAGGUGGUGCAUUGGUGUGUGUGUGUGCGUGUGCGUGUGCGUGUGCGUGUGCGCGUGCGCGUGCGCGUGUAUGUGUGUGUGUGUGACUCAUCUGACAUUGCUAAAUUCACCGGAAUUUCCGAUGUGCAAGAAAUAUUUAUGUUUUUUCAGUGGACAAACAUCUUUAUGUACAGUAUGUGACUGUCCACAGUGUUGUACUACUCUUAUGACAAUCAUUGUUUUAACUGUAUUUGGGUGUGUAUAAUCAACCAGUUACGGUCAAGCUGGUAUUUCAAUAUUAUAAAUUUUCAGAAUAACACGAUGUACAUACCAAGUGGUUAAAACGUCAAUACUAUGUAAACCAAUCAAAAGUUGAUUCAAGGUUCGGACAUUUUUCAGCUUUUUUAACUAGUUGUAUAUUUUUCUACCGAAAUCUUGAAAUGCGACAAAAGUAAAUGUAAGAUAACUGGAUACAUGUAUAUGUACUCAGGCACAUAUUUUCUCAAAACUAUCCAGUAUUUAAAGCGUGAAUUAUGGCAAAUGUGUUCCGAUUUGCUUGUCCUUCAUGCUGCUCCUUGUUUUACCAAAUAGUUCUUAAUGAACUUUUGCAUCGCAUACUUAUUCCUUAUGCGGUCCUCCUGUGCUUAGUUUCGUGCUGUGUUUAGAUACUUGUCAUUUUUGGAAAUAAUUUGAAUUGAAAAACGGCCAUGUUGGGCAGAAAGAAAUGUCCGAACUAUAAAUAUCAAACUUGAAGAAGUUUUUUACGUAAAUAUGUAUGUUAUCAAUUUCUGAACAGAUUUGACGCUUGAAAUAUUUUUUUUUUAUAUUUCAUUAGAGUUUAAUACACGGCUUAGCCGGGCUGUUGCGUUGUAAUUAGCCCGAGUGACUAAUAACAGCCCGAGACGUAGUCGAGGACAUGGGCCAAUUAUCACGCAACGGCCGUGUAUUUACCUCUUUAAUACAUAUGUUGUUGUUUUAUUCUUUUGUGAGUUUCAUGUAUAUUUUUACCUGCUCUCCAGAUGUAUCCUUAUUGCCUCCUGGUUUGACGACGAUGAGUAAACUUACUCUCACAUUGAAUUAAGCUUUUGAGAGUAAGCCAAAGUUGGGAAAAAGGCAAACCGCAAUAUGUUGAAAAUUCAUUUCCAAUAUUUUCAAUGUUUCAGCUUGGCAAUUCCCCAACACCUCUAUCCGAAUUUGUUCUCUACGAAUCACUAGCAUAUUCCUUUUCAUGUUUUUCAUGAUUUUCAUUAACAUAAGCUCGUAUCAAGAAGAUCAACAUUCCGUAGAUAAAUAAACCAAUAACUCGUAUUUUCGCUGUCAAGAUGUUUGAAUAGUGUUGUUGUUUUUUCAUAUAAAUACAAUUUUGCUGCUUUGUUUGUUUUGUUUUUGAACGUGAACUCUGGAAAAAAAACGCCGCCCUUAUAGUUUACACUGGCAAUCGAUCACCAUCAUAAGUAGUCCGUUCGCGUU